AUGUAUUGGUCUAUCGUCGUACCCUUGUAUGGCAUCUCUUUCUUCCUGCCGACAAUCAUCAAGGAGCUUGGCUACACGUCGGCGACAGCACAGCUUUUGACGGUUCCGAUCUAUAUCACAGCUGCAAUUCUGGCCGUCAUCGUCGGAUGGGCUUCGGAUAGAGCCACCAAGAGAGGAGCCUCACGCUGGCCCUACAUCUUCUUCCCCGUGUGCGCCAUUCUGGUUGGCUUCGUCAUCGCCAUCGCAGGUUCCGCUGCUGGAGAUAUCCCUGGCGUGGUGUAUGCCGGCGUGUUCAUUGCGACCUGUGGAAUCUACCCCGCUUUUCCGGGCAACGUCACCUGGAUCGCCAACAACCUCGCGGGGAGCUACAAACGAAGCGUCGGGAUGGCUCUACAGAUCGGCCUCGGCAAUCUCGGAGGGGCCAUGGCGAGCAACUUUUAUCGCAGCGUCGACGCGCCCAAGUAUCUGCUUGGGCACGGUCUGGAGAUCAUGUUUGUCGUCUUUGGCCUGGUGGCCAUCAUUGCUUUGCGGAUCUCGUACGGAGUCAUCAACAAGAAGAGAGAGCGCAGUGGAGCCGCGGAGGGUUUGACGGACGAGCAGCUUGCAGACCUCGGCGACAAGAGCCCGUCGUUUAGGUAUACGCUGUAG